AUGGCGAUUUUCAGGACUUUUUGGAUUGCAGCUACGAGUCUAUACAUCAGAGCAUCACUCCAUCUCCGAUUUCAAAAUCGAACGUUCUAUGUGGAUCUGUUGGCGCCUUUGCUUUCAAGUGUUUCGAUGAUAGCUGGCAUUUUAGGCCUGUCUUUAGGGUUCAAGCUCACGCAUUGCAUGGCCAGAAGGCCCAUUUCCUUGGACCCCUUCACAGAGUACUGGCCCGCUAGCCUGGGGUCCAUUAUGCAGCGUAACCUUCGGGUGCUUGUAAGAACAUUUGAAGUCUUGAAAUCACGAUAUAUGACUGGGCUCUCUGCACCGUGCAAGAACGCCAAACCUUUUGCUGCCCCUAUAGCGAUCUUCAGUCUCGUCGCCCAUGCUAGAGAAAUCGACAGCCCUAUGCAUGGUGGUUAA